AUGUCGUCUCCAGCUCCCGGUGAGGUUAUGGGCAUCACCAAUAUGCUGAACCAAAAGGGCGGCGUUCAAGUAGCAACGCAAUCAAUUCCAGGUGUUCAGGGAUCAACUCCAGAACAACCUGUUCACCAGCAACUCCCUCAGAUGACGAUGGAUCGUGCCGAUUCGCCUCACGGAUCCGAACACUCGAGGUAUUCUCAGCCUAACAUGAACGGCAGCAUGCAAAACGGACGGCCGUACGGCUCUCCCAGUGCCAUGCACGCUCCUCUUCAUAUGCCUGAGCCUAACAUGGGCCCCAUUGGAUUUCCUGGCAUGGCCCCCGAUAUCUCCCAUGCCAUGCCUCAAUACGCAAAGCCUCCCGAGGCGGUAGCGGCCCAGCCACCACCCAAGGCAUACCCAUGCAGCACUUGCGGGAAGGGAUUCGCGAGACGCAGUGAUCUUGCCCGUCAUGAGCGCAUCCACACUGGAGUGCGUCCACACGUCUGCGAUUAUCCAAACUGCGGCAAGCAAUUCAUCCAGCGUUCAGCUCUCACAGUUCAUCAGCGUGUCCACACUGGAGAGAAGCCGCACAUGUGUGAACGCUGCGGAAAGAAGACAUUCACGAGACGCACAACACUCACUCGCCAUCAAAAUCACCAUACUGGCACGGUCGAAGAUGCUGCUCGCGCCACUGCGGAGGCCCUGGCCAGGAACAGCGUAGCCCGCUCAGGCUCCGCACGCCCUGCCCGGUCUGAGGGUGACCAGAUUAGCAACCACGGUUCACCGAUCUCUACGCCGUCUCCGGCUCAGAGGACCAUGUCGAUGUCACCAAGUGCUGAGAUGGUUGGUGCCAAUGGAAUGCAACACGGAUACGUGGGUAACACCUCCCUGCCUGCUCACCUGCGCAACGACCUGCACACUGGCAGCCCCACCUCUACAACGUCGGCAGGUUUCGCCAACAACGUCCGGCCGACUUCUCACCCCACGAGCUACGGCGCACCACCGACGACACUGGAGCCGAGCAUCGAAAACGGGCAGGGACCUGGUAGCGCGGCUGGAAGCCCCCACAUGAGCAGUGUCGGAUGGGCUUCUCCUUCGCAUGGGGUGGGUUCGCCUGUUCAUAGUAACAACGGUAACGGCAGCUACGUCUACCCGGAUCCUGACCAGGGGUAUCCCACAAACGCGGCGGCGCAAGGGCAGUUGUUCUACAGCGCCGCCAUGGGCUUGCAGCGGCCUGGAAGCGCUGAGCCCGGUGCAGCGAACUACAACAAGCCACGUCAGGGCGAGCUCUGGGCUGCCUAG